AUGGCGCCACAACAGAAGCCUGCCGCGAAGAAAGCAUCCACGACUGGAGUGAAGACAGGCCGUGUCGCGAAGUCAUCCUCACAAGCUGCUCAGGUGGUCGCAGCACCACCUACCAUUGCACCGCGCCGCAGCUCAAGGAUAGCUGCUGCGAGGGCUGCCGCUUUGGAGACUGUCGCCCAAGUCGCUGAGGUUGUUGUGCCUGUAGUGGCCCCAAGGAGAGGUCGCUCAAAGAAGGCUGCCUCCAACAACACACCAGAUGCUGAGCCAGCCAACGCUCCAGCAGCUGUACCAAAGCGAGGCCGCACGAAGAAGGCUGCCGCUGCCACCACCACCACCACCACCCCGACCGUCAACCAUACCAACGCGCCGGCAGCAGUCACAAGGAUGACGCGGUCGAGGACACUGGCUGCCAGAAGCGCCCAAGGCGCGGCACCAGCUGCUCCUGCUGCGGCCAAGAGGGCAAAAGCUCCCAUCUCCAAGUCGACUGGAGGUGUAACAAAGUCGAAAGCCGCCACGAAGGCCACCAAGGGCCCCAAGCCAUCAGUUGCCUCCAAGGCACGUGGCAACAAGACAACCACCGCAUCUGCAAGCAAGCAGAUUGCGAGAGACAAGGAGCAGACGCCUGCUGAGCGGGAGGACGUGGUGAUGGAGGAUGUCCCGGAACCUGUUGUGGACAACAACGAGGAUGACUUGGAGCCUGGUACUCCAAACCCAACGUCAGUAAACCUGCCCGAUGGUUCUGACUCGGAGGCGGAAACCACUGCCCCGGCUCCAAAGGGACCCUCUGCAAAGGCUCUGGGGAAGCGACCCCAGAAUCCUUUCUGGUCGGUUGGAGAAGGACCGCUGGUCAAAAGGAUCCGGUUGGAUCGAAAGAUCCUUCGUCCUCCCAAGGUGCAAAAGUUCGCAGAUGGUCCCAUGAUCCCGGACCAUGUUCCAUCGAGGUGUGCCCAUCCGAUCCAUCCUGCCUAUGCUGGCACUUCACGGUACGAUAAUGUCAAGUGUCCACACUGCCGAAUGGACGUAUGCAUCUCAGACAUGCAGACCGUCCAGGACCAACUGAGCAGUUACGGAGGAUCGGUGGGUUUCCGGAAACUCUGCAACAGUUCCGAAGCACAUGCCAUGGCCUACCAGCCUAUUGUGAAGGGGAGGACGCCCAGGAGGACGAAUGACUGGGUGCUACAGGAUCCUGUAGGUAAGGACCUGAGUUACAGGCAUUCGACGAAGCGUCUCGCGAACCUGGUGAUGGAACUCGAGCGGCUUGCCGACGUGGAGAUGCAGUGGGAAGGACAGCAUCCCGGGGGCAGUGCCGAAGACAAGCACGAAAGGCAACUCUACGGUGCGAGGGGCGCUCUGGCCCGACACAGAGGCUUGUUAGCGGAGGGCAGCUUCAGCCGAUUACUGGAGCUCGACCUUGUCGGGUCGCGCAAGCGCGGCCGAGCGCAGGAAGCUGAGGCACUCGAUGCUGCCAACGCGAAGGAAGUUGCGUGGGAGCAAGAGAAUCUGAGCUCCCAGGAGUACGCCGUGAACGAUUCCCGGGUAUCGUCCGUGGAGGAGACUGCCAGACUCGCCGCAGAGAGGUCAAAGCAGCCCAUGCGCAAGCGUCGCCGCAUGGAUGCGACGGUCUCUUUCAAGAACGUCGUCUACGUGCGGAAUGAGUGCGACGUCGAUGUCCUCCGCAAGGCCGACCUCUCCAGGCCUGUUGUUGAGCCGUCUGCUUCGAUUUUGCGGACUGCUCCUGCUCCUGCUCCUGCUCCUAAUGAGAGGCGCUCAGUGUCGACUGCGCAACUAGCGCCUGACUAUAGGCUCUUUGUUCUGGAAGACGAAAAGUUCUCGGCCAAAGAUAGGCACAGCUUUCAUUCCUGCAAUCGAGAGCGUACCCAGCCAGGGAACUUUUGGAGUCGGCUGUCGGACCCUGGGAAGAUGAUCGUCGAGACGAGCGGUUGCGGAAUGGGACCUCAGUCCUGGGACGCUUAUGUCCAGUCACUGCAGGAUGAAGCGGACUGGCGGGACGCAGAGGAUGCUCAGGAUGCAGACUUGCAAGACCAAGAGCACGGGGAGUCGGGAUCCGACACAGAGUCGGAGCCCAGCGACGAAGACUCUACCUUGAGCUUCCUGCACGCUUCUGUCCAUGAGGACAGCCUGGUCCACACCCAGCGUGGAGUCGUCAAUCAGCUUACGGGCUUGGAGAUUGACGAUCCGGAGUCGUACCUGAGGGUAGAGGAGGAGAGACUCGCCAGACAACAAACGGACGCUGAAAGGGCAUCCACGUGGGGUUCACCAACACAUGCAUGCGCAGUAUCAAAGAUUGAACGGACGACACCAGGCGUACCACGUCCUCGGGCGGGCCGAACGCGAAUCGAAACGACCACAGCGCCGUACUCCCACCAAGCGUGGGAGAGUGACCGAGACUCCGAGUUGCGUCCAAUACAGGGCAAAAGCAAGACGAUCGAGAGUGAGAGCGCCCUUGCAUGA